AUGUCAAUGUUUAAGAACUUUAGCUUUAGUUUCUAUACAGCACCACCAACCAAACCACACAACAGAGUAGAGGAUGAACAUUCAUUGAUAUUACUUACAAAGAGUAGAUUGUUAUCAUUGACCUCUACUACUGUUAGAUCAAGUCAAUUUGGUUCUUCUUUUGGAUAUUAUUCAUCAACAUCAGGAGGAGGAAUUCAAUCACAUCAAGGUAGAGAACAAAAUGAAAGUGUAGAAAGAGAAUGGUUCAAACCAAACGAUGCAUUGAUAAACUAUCAUAAAGAGACUGUUGAUCUAGGACUACCUCACAUUGUCUUUCUAGAAGGACCAAGUGGUGCUGGAAAGACACAACUCUUGGAACGAAUCAACAAACUUGGUUAUUCUACUCUUUCAUUACCUUUUUUCAAUUAUUACAAGAAUCAAUCAUCUCUUUCUUCUUCACCUUUGGAUAUUCAAUUAAAAUGGAAUGAAACAAUUAAACAAUCAAUUGAUAAUAUUAUAACUAAAAAAGAAAAGUUAAAGAAUGAUUUCUUAUUUGUUCAUAGAUCACCAAUUAGUUCAAUGAUUUAUUCUUUGGAGAAAAAAGAUAUAGAUGAAUUACAAAAGAAUAAUGAUAAUAUUGUUGAUCAAGAAAAGGUAGAAGAAACAUUAAAAGAAAUCAAAAAGUACUUGACUGGACAACCAAAAGAUCAUCGUUUCUCGGUGGUCUAUUGCAAGACACCGGUAGAGUUGAUUGAACAACGAGUAGAAGGACGAUUCUUUUUAUACGAUGACAAUGAAACCGAUAUCCUAAACACCAAACUCUAUACUCGACAAUAUCAAUCAUUUGCACAAACCGUCUACGACAAGAUUGAAGUAGACCCAGAAAUAUCCAAUGCCACAUUGACUACAAUCUCUAUCAAACAAGCAUGUCCAAGUUUAUUGGCACUCUUUGAUAUCUAUGCUUCACUCAAUAUUCCUUCUUUUACUUUUCCACCUAUAAAGAAAGAAGUUAAAUCAGAGUAUUUUCAAUUCAUUCAUGUGAUCAACCGUCAUCAUCAUCAUCAUUGUUCAAUCAUGGCAUCAGUUAAACAAUUAGAGGAUAUAAUAAGUUCAGUAAAAUCGAUAAAUAAAUCAUUGUUGGAUGAUUUAUUGACACUUAAAGAAGACAAGAAACUAACCAAUACACAAUUAAAUGCUGCACUGACUGCAAGAGAAAAGGCUGAAACCAAAUACAAUCGAAUGAAAAAGGAAUUAGAAGAGACUAUUAAGAAAUCUGAAGAUAAACAUGCAUCAUUUGGCGAAAUUGAAAAUGAAUUAUCUAAAUUAAAGGUUGAUUUUGAAAGUUGUAAUCAAGAAUUGAUAGAGAGUAAAAAGAAAUGUCAAGAAUUGGAUUUAAUCAUUGAUACGCUGAAAAUGGAAAAGAAGGAACUGGAGGAAAAGUUAAAAGAGUUACAAGAGAUGGCUGGAAGUGUAGCUGAUCGUGACAAGAAUAUAGAUUCAUUGACCAAAGAGAAUAAGGAUUUGGUGGCAAAGGUGUCACACUAUGAAACGGAACGUUCAAAAUAUGAAAAGAUAAAGGGUGAAGAGAGCAAGAAACGUAUAGAGGCUGAACAAUAUGCAGUCGGUUUGGAAAAGCGCGCACAAGAAUUGGAGGAACGUAUCGAUCGAGAAACAAAAAUGGCAAAAGACAUUAAAGAUCAGUCUCGGACAUCACAAGACGACCUCAAAUCACAAUUGGAAAAAGAAAAACUGGAAAAGAAGGCGGUAGAGGAUGAAUUGAAUGAAUACAAGACUCUAUUUGAAAGAGAACAAUCGAAUCGUGAGAAAAUAGAAGAAGAUACAACGGCAAUCAAAAAACAACGAGCUACUUUUGAACAUGACCUCAAAACUGAAAAGACAAAGGCCUCGGACCUAGAGACAGAGGUUAGCAGGCUCAAACAACAAUUACAAAAAAAGGAUUUGGAAAAAGAUCAAGUCACCAAACUACUAGAUCGCGAAAAAGAAACAAAUGCCACGAUUGAAGAUGAAUGGAAUAGAGAAAAGAAGUUAUUUAAAUCAAUUAAAUUGGAUUUAGAAAAUCAAUUACAACAACAAUUACAAAAGAAUAAUAGUAAUAAUAAUGGUAGUAAUGAAGUUGACAUUCAUUCAAUGGAAGAGAAAUCAAUUAUAGUUGGUGAAAAUAGUGAUAGUGAUGAACAAACCACUACUAUUGUAAAUGUUAUUCAUCCAGACUCUUCAUCUUCAUCUGAAAAACAAUAUCUCAAAGAAUGGGAAGAAAGAUUAGAAAAACAAAAUCAACAAUUAAAAUUGGAUAGAAUUGAAUUUGAAUCAUUUAAAAAGGAAAUGCAACAGCAAUUAAAUGGUCAUAGUAAUGGUGGUGGAGUUGGUAUUGGUAUGGUUGGUAACUCUACUACGAGUGAAUUAGAAGUAAAAGUUGAUGAAUUAAUGAAAACUUUGGAAGGUGAAAGAAAAGUUCGUAUUAAAUUAGAGGAACAAUUACAACAAUUACAUCCAUCUAGUAAUGGAAAUCAUUCAAAUAGUGGUAAUAGUGGUGGUGCAUCACUAUCAGUCCCUCCAUCUCCAUCCAAGGGUGGUGUCACCAACACAUUAUCAUCCUUAUUUUCACGAAGAAACCUUUCAAUACCUGACUUUUCCUCAUCACCAAAUGGUGGAUCUAAAUCAAAUGGAAGUACUAGUCCUCCCCUUCCACCCACUUCUGAUCAACACCACCACCAACAAGAUUAUCCACAAGAACUGGUUGGUAUUAGUGACGAGGAAAGAAAAACUAGAUUGUUUGCAGAGUACCAACAACUACUUGUCGAUUGCAAUACCCUCCUCUAUUCGAAACGUGAUCAACUCACCGAUCUAGAAAAGGAAGGUAAAUUCAUCAAAAAGUUUCAUAUAUCGUCCAUCAAGACAUCGAUCACAAAGUUGGAACCACUCCAAGACCGCGUUAAAAAGAAUCUAAAGGCUAUCGACUCGAAACCAUCUGUUACCAUGAAUGAUGACAUUGAAGAACGUUCAAUUAUUAAAUCUAUUCGUUUAGAAAUUGAUAAUGAAAGUUAA